GAAAAUUUACUUUGUCUUCCUUUCCUACUAAUACUGUUCUUAUAGGAACGAAUCAUUACUUUUAGUAUUCAAUAGCAAGAGUCUUUAAACACUUUUCUUGCAGGUACUCUGUAAUCCAAAUAAAUUCCCCGGAAAUUUAUUGUUUUCGACAGUUGUCAAACAAGUCGGAUUUACUAAAUUCUUCCAAAUUAGAGAAGUUUAGUUUAAAGCUUAAAGCUCAUUGGCUUAGGGAUACGGGUUUGAACCCUGCUCCAUCUACCAAGGUUUGGACAACCAGGUGGUAUCAUUAGCCCUCACACAAUAGGUGUGGCUUAUUCCAUGGUGCGUUGAUGUGCACAAGGUUGAUGAGUGCAUUUCAAAUUUCCAAAUUAUUCAACCUGUUUAAAUCUGUCUAUUUCUAGCCAAAUGCCUAUUGGAGAUAAGCAGCAACCUGAGAAGCAUAAAAAAGAGUCGAUUAUCGAUUUAAAUAAAUAUAUCGAUAAACGAAUUCGUGUUAAAUUUUCCGGGGGACGAGAAGCUGUUGGAAUUCUAAAAGGAUGUGAUAACUUACAGAAUAUGGUGAUUGACUGUACAACUGAAUUCCUUCGUGAUCCAGAUGAUCCCAAUCGUCUAACUGAAGAUACCAGAGAAUUGGGUCUGGUAGUUUGUAGAGGUCCAUCAGUUGAAUUGGUUUGUCCUGCAGACGGAAUGGAAUCUAUACCAAACCCAUUUGUUCAACAAGAGUAA